ACCUCCCCGCCCCCGCCCCGAGUCAAACUCCACUCUCAAUCCCAAGUACAUCUCUAAAUCGCCAUAUUGGGUACUGAGAAGGUUUGUCCGCAGGUCCUCUCACUACGGGACGAAUUUGACACAGCGGCUUCAAUUCGUGGGCACUUUGUUUUGAUGAUCCGCGGAGAGUACUUUCGGCUUCAGAACACCGCGGCCGUUACCGUUUCCAGCCCGACGGAUGCAUGGCAUAAAUCGUUUGACGCUCGUUUUGGAUCUUGCUCAGCGACGAGGAGAUACCCGUUGUUUUUGAGCGGUGUGUUUGUCUUUUGAAAACUGGACGCUCCCGGCUGUUUCAAGAAAAAUUGUCUAAAUUUGGGGGGGGAAUGUCUGAUGUUCGGCUAUCAAACGGGAGCCCGACUUUGGAGCGGACUGACUCCCGGGUGUCGGAUCACCCGAAACCGUCAGCUUGCAGAAGCCUCUUCGGCUCGGUGGAUCACGAAGAGUUAAAGAGGGAUUUAAAGGGACAUUUGCGGGAGAUGGAAGAGGCUGCCUCCGCCAAGUGGGGCUUCGACUUCGCCAAUCACACGCCGCUGGCCAACGGCAGGCUCAAGUGGGAAUUAGUGGAUUGCAGAGACGUCCCGAAUUUCUACAGCAAGCAACCGCGGAGGGAGAAGCGCGUCUGCUCCGCUGGGAAUAACAAUGUGGAUCUAAAUGGGAAUCAUCAUUGUGUUGUGGUGGCUCCGAGCGAAGACACAGACAGGGCUGACGCGCAGAUGGAGUGCACGGAACAGUGCACCGGCCUGAGGAAAAGACCUGCAUGUCACGGUAACGUUAAGAGAUUUGCAACAAAAUGACCACUGUUUCCACCG